AGGAGCAGCAGGCAGUGCCAUGCAGGGAUCCUGUCCCAGGGUGGCUUUGAGGGGACAGCGUGGGCACAGCCCGGCUGGGCAGCUCUGAGGGACCCCGGCUGGCUGGGCAUGCACUGAGGAGCCGCUCUGGGACGGGAUGAGUCAGUUCUGAGAGGCUCCUCCACCGCCCCAGCUGCGUCUGACCCAGCUCGGCACGGCUCAGACGCUCUCCCUGCUGCUGAGGAUGGGCUGGGCGGCAGGGAUGAAGCAGAAGUGAACGUGGGAUGCGGAGCUGCGGCUUCCCGGCAGCGGAACUCGCUGGAUGUUCUCAGGCUUGGAGAUCUGCACCGCGCUGGUGAUGUUCAGCCCGUCCUCUGCCGUGAGCCCGUGCCCCUCGCCGCGGGUGCCCCAGGCCGUCCCCAUGGACCUGCGCAUCGGGCAGCGCCUGCUCAAGCCCCAGGACACGGCGCUGCUGGCCCUGAAGCAGCAGCAGCUGCAGCACCAGCUCUUCCUGGCCAGCCUGCACCAGCAGCAAGUGGAGCAACUCGCCCACCAGCACGUCAGGGUGGCCAUGGAGUCCCCUCACCACGAGGCUGAGCCGGGCCAGCAGGAGCAGGAGCUGCGCCAGAUCCUCAACAAGGACAAGAGCAAGAGGAGUGCCGUGGCCAGCACGGUGGUGAAGCAGAAGUUGGCCGAGGUCAUCCUGAAGAAGCAGCAGGCGGCUCUGGAGAGGACCAGCAACGCCCCCACUGCAGCCCUGCCCUACAGGUCUCUGGAGCCCCUGGAGCCCGAGGGUCCCUCCCCUGCCAUGCUCAGCACGUUCCUGUCCCCCGUGCCCAGCACUUCUCUGGACACCCCCGAGCACUUCCCGCUGCGGAAAACAGCGUCCGAGCCCAACCUGAAGGUUCGGUGCAAGCCCAGGAAGUGCCUGGAGCGGCGCAAGAACCCCCUGACCCGCAAGGAGAGCGCCCCCCCCUCGCUCAAGAGGCGCCCGCCCGACGCCAUCGACUCGUCCCCCAGCAGCAGCAGCACCCCCGUGUCGGGCUGCAGCUCUCCCAACGACAGCCUGCCCGCCGAGCACGCCGCGCUGCCCGCUGCCCCCGGCGGGGCCCACGAGGGUGACGCUGAGCGCCGGGCGCUGCCCAGCCUGGCUCACCGGGUCCCGGUGCUCAAUGGCCCGGUGCUCCCGGGCUCGCACCCGCCCGUCUUCAUCCCGGCCAGCCUGGAGCAGCACGAGGCCGGCAGCGCCCUGUCCCCCCGGCUGCAGCCCGUCAUCAUCCUCGAGCCCUCGGUCACCCACGCGCCGCUGGUGGCGGUGCCAGGCCUGGGGGCCGUGCCCUUCUCCUUCGCCCCGUCGCUGGUGCCCGCGGAGCGCCUGGCACUGCCCGGGCAGCACAAACCGCUGGGCAGGACCCGCUCGGAGCCGCUGCCGCCCAGCCCCAGGGCCGUGCAGCAGCACCUGCUCUUCCAGCAGCACCACGCCCACUUCCUCGAGAGGCUCAAGCAGCAAACGCACCUGGGCAAGCGCAUGGCCAAGUCCAGCGAGAAGCCCCGGCUGCGGCAGAUCCCGUCCUCGGAGGACAUGGAGGCCGAGGGGACCCUCCCGGAGGCGGCGGCCGAGCCUGCGGAGCCCGGCAGGGCCCGGGUGGAGCCGGCCCGGCCCGGCAGCAGCGGCAAGGAGCCCGAGAGGACGCAGAAGAUGGGGCAGCCCCAGGAGGAGCUGGUCCUGCAGCAGGCCCUGCUGUGGGACUCCUUCCAGCGGGUGCAGCAGCAGCUCCUCAAGCGCCAGCCCCUGGCCGACCCCCCCGUGCUGCCCCCCGGCCACCGGCCCCUGUCCCGGGCCCAGUCGUCCCCGGCCACGGCCACCGUGUCCCUCCCUGCCCAGGACACCAAGGCGCUGGCCCUGCCCGUGCAGGAGCAGCCGCCCAAGCCACACUUCACCACAGGGCUGGUUUAUGACUCGGUGAUGCUGAAGCACCAGUGCUCCUGCGGGGACAACAGCAACCACCCCGAGCACGCGGGCAGGAUCCAGAGCAUCUGGUCCCGGCUGCAGGAGCGGGGCCUGCGCAGCCGCUGCGAGUGCCUGCGGGGCCGCAAGGCCACCCUGGAGGAGCUGCAGUGCGUGCACAGCGAGCGCCACGUGCUGCUCUACGGCACCAACCCCCUGAACCGCCUCAAACUGGACAACGGCAAGCUGGCAGGGAUCCUGUCCCAGAGGACGUUUGUGAUGCUGCCCUGUGGAGGGGUGGGGGUGGACAGUGACACCAUCUGGAACGAGCUGCACUCCAAAGUGCGCGCUGGCGGCAGGGUCUGGGUGUCCCCUGGGGUGGCAGCUCUGCCCUGUUCUCUGCUCUGUCCCCAGAACGGCUUUGCUGUGGUGCGGCCGCCCGGACACCACGCGGAUCCAUCCACGGCCAUGGGAUUCUGCUUCUUCAACUCGGUGGCCAUCGCUGCCAGGCAGCUGCAGCAGAAGGGGAAGCUCAGCAAGAUCCUCAUCGUGGACUGGGACGUUCACCACGGCAACGGGACCCAGCAGAUUUUCUACAGGGACCCCGAGGUUCUCUACAUCUCCCUGCACCGCCACGACGACGGCAACUUCUUCCCGGGCAGCGGGGCCGCCGACGAGGUGGGCGCUGGCCCCGGCGAGGGCUUCAACGUCAACGUGGCCUGGGCUGGGGGGCUCGACCCCCCCAUGGGGGACCCCGAGUACCUGGCUGCCUUCAGGACCGUGGUGAUGCCCAUUGCCCACGAGUUCUGCCCCGACGUGGUGCUGGUGUCGGCCGGAUUCGACGCAGCCGAGGGGCACCCGCCCCCCCUGGGGGGCUACAAAGUCUCUGCCAAGUGUUUUGGCUACAUGACCAAGCAGCUGAUGAGCCUGGCAGGGGGGGCCGUGGUGCUGGCUCUGGAGGGGGGGCACGACCUCACGGCCAUUUGUGACGCGUCCGAGGCCUGCGUGUCCGCCCUGCUGGGCCACGAGCCGGAGCCGCUCCCCGAGGACAGCCUGAGGCAGAAGCCCAACGCCAACGCCGUGCGCUCCCUGGAGGCCGUGAUCCAGGUCCAGAGCAGAUACUGGGUGGCCGUGCAGCGCUUCGCCUCCAAGCUGGGCUGCUCCUUCCUCGAGGCUCAGCAUCACGAGGCCGACGAGGUGGAGACGGUCACGGCCCUGGCAUCGCUCUCGGUGGCCGUGAUGGUGGAGAAGAGGGCACAGGAGGAGCCCAUGGAGCAGGAGGAGCCCAUGAACCAGUGACCCUUGGGGACAUUCCUGGCGUGGCCGCAGCCCCCGAAGAUCCCGAUCCCGUUUGUCCCCCUGGCUCCCGAGGCCCUGGGCGGGCCUGGACUCCUGGAAGGGACAUUCCCACAUCCAGCAGGACGGGAGCACGGAGAGCCCCGAGCCUGCACCGUGCCCAAGCCCCCUCCCCAAUUCUGGGACCCCUUGAGGGGGUGAAGCCCCCCAGCCCUGCGGCACUGACCCCCCAUCCCGGGACCCUCCUCAGCGGGAAGGGCCGGACGUUGGGAUGGACACUCGGACCACCUUGGGGACAACUCCCAGAUGGAAACCCAAACCCAACCAUCCCGGGGUUUGCUCCGUGGGAUGGGAUCUCUGUGCCCUCUCCAGAGGGUCCCUGGCUCCCCUCACCCUGCUGGGGCAGGGGACAGAGCAGCAGGGACGGGGCUGGGAGCUCAGGAGCAUCUCCAGGAAGGUCUGAGGCAUCCCAAGGAAGGUUUGGAGCUCCUGAGGAAGGUUUGGAGCAUCCCAAGGAAGGUUUGGAGGUCCUGAGGAAGGUUUGGAGCAUCCCAAAAAAGGUUUGGGGCACCCCAAGGAAGAUUUGGAGCAUCCCCAGCAAGAUUUGGGGCAUCCUCAGGAAGAUAUGGAGCCCCUCAAGGAAUGUCUGGAGCCCCCCAAGGAAGAUCUGGAGCCUCCCAAGGAAUGUCUGGAGACCCCAAGGAAGAUCUGGAGCCCCCCAAGGAAUGUCUGGAGCCCCCCAAGGAAUGUCUGGAGCCUCCCCAGUGAGGGCAGAGCGAGGCCAGGGGUGGGCAGUGCCCGGGGGUGCCCCCUGCUCUCACUGCCCAGUUUGCACUAUGGACCCUGCCAGCCCUGAUGUGAACCCGACUCCUCUUCCCGGGGCAAUUUUGGGGACCUUCCCCUCCUGCCGAGGUGCCUCGAGCCCCUUCCAGCCCCCCGAGGCCCUGGCUGGGUGGGGGUCCAGCCCCUGAACCCCUCCCCAGCUGGGGCUCCCCAAUUCCCACCGGGGAUCCCCCAGGGGUGCCCAAACCCCCUCAGUCUCCCUGGGGUGACAGGGGCAGAUCCAGAGCCUCCAACCCAAGGAUUCCAUCCCAAUUUUCCUUUUCCCAUUUCCCCAGGAGCAGGGCCUGUCCUGGGGGACAGAGGGGACCCAACCCUGGGGACAAAGGGGACCCAGCCCUGGGGACAAAGGGGACCCAGCCCUGGGGACAGAGGGGACCCAACCCUGGGGACAGAGGGGACCCAACCCUGGGGACAGAGGGGACCCAACCCUGGGGACAGAGGGGACUCAGCCCUGGGGACAGAGGGGACCCAACCCUGGGGACAGAGGGGACAGAGGGGACCCAACCCUGGGGACAGAGGGGACACAGCCCUGGGGACAAAGGGGACCCAGCCCUGGGGACAGAGGGGACCCAACCCUGGGGACAGAGGGGACCCAGCCCUGGCUGAGCUGGGCGUGGGAGCAGCUCCGGCCGCGGCGACGGGGGGGGAGGAGAUUUUGUAUAAAAACAAAACAAAACAA